AUGUCAUAUGGUAAUCUUUUUGAAGCGCUUCAUAGAAAUGUAAAAGAUGAGAAUGUUGCUUGGGAUUGGAAUCAGAGGGAUAUAAAAUCUAGCAACAUCUUGCUUGAUGAAGAUUAUGAGGCAAAAACUGCUGAAUUUGGAGCUGCAGGGUUUGCUGAAAAGUCUCAGAUGGGUUAUAGCUUUUUUGCUGGCACACAUGGUUAUAUUGCUCCAGGUUGUGGGAACCUACUUUACGCAUCACCAGAAAUGUGUGCUUUUAGACUCCCAAGUGUGAUAAGAGCAUUCAGACUGCUGCUAAAUAGGAACAUUGGAGAGAAAAUCUGUCACAUAUUCAAUGCACUGUCAAAGGAGAAAAGGAGCAUUGGCUAUGUGCUGCAGUUUCAAAUUAAGUCUUGGCAGGAUUUUAUCCUCUAG